AUGUCCACCUCUGGAAGCCCGAGCCAGUCGAUCUCCGCAACCGAAGGCGCACAUGAUACGGAGAGGCUGGCGGCCAACCUGAUCGCCAUGCUGCAGUCGAAUCAAGUGGGCAGCGAGACCACCUCGUCCCAAGUCAUCGCUCAGGUCACGAGGAAGGCUCCUGGAGCUGGCCUCCCAGCACCACUUGUCCUCUUCUCCCUCAACGACUCAGAUUCCUCCUUCACGUCCCAAUCAUUUGUGCCCACUAGUGCUCCUUCCAUUCUCCCUCUAUCACCCUCCAUACCAUCUCCUGAUGAUCCUCACAUUGCAUUGCAUGCUGAGUCCGCAGUCGAAGAGCUCCGUCGCCGAUUGACCGACCUGGAACAAGCUCAUAGGGAUGCCAGCAUUUGUACGAGGAGACGUCGCAGACCCACUCAACUCACUGAUGACGAUGAGGAACCGUAUUCCAAGCGUCAGUGCGGUACGCACCUCGUGAGUCGCCUACAGAGAGAUCAGUUGGACGAAAUGGACCUCCCAGUCCACGCGUACCUGCAGAAGGAAGUCCGCAAGACAAUGUACAACCUGAUCGGAUACCAGAGGGGCGCGCUUAUGCCUGACAUCAGCGGUCCUCUUGUUGCACGCUCUGGUCAGUUCCUUGUGCCGGAUUUCAAGGCUGGCAUAAAUGCCCCACCAAAUCGACUUAUCCAAGGGCGUGCGGCCGAAAUGGUGCUUGCCUACGAGUGUGAUCACCCUGGGACGGUCCCCGAGACCCGCCCGAUGAAGUUGAUGCACACUGAACAGAGGCUUGCUGAGCUGGACGGCGGUGAGAAGAAAAUGCGGAGGGAACGAGAGGCUCGGAGAAUCGAGAGGCGCAAGACACGCGGCCAGCAACUCUGUGACGCCAUUGUCGACUUCUGCCAGGAGCAUGAUCUCGACCAUCAGGAGAUGCAUAAUGCUCUGGUCGAUGAGGAAUGGGUUGGAGAGGAGUGGUCCUGUGAUGAGGAUGGAACGCGAAACGAGAGCUGGAGGCAGAAGCUCUUCGAGGCAGGCACAAUCUCCCUGACGGAGCGCGACGAUCCUGAUGUCGCGAUCCUCGAGAAGUGA